AUGUCUCUCGAGGCCAGUCUCCGCGUCAGUGGGCCAGGCACAAUUGUCCAGAUCGCCUAUGCGACCGGCGUGAACACAUCCAAGAGCCAUGGCCCCGAUCCCGGGAGACUGAGCGCUAUUAUUCCUCAUAUCGCCAUCAUUUCCGGUUUACUACUUGCUGGAAAUAACCCCAAUAUCCUGGAGGGGGUUCUGGCAACAGAGCGCGAUCCGAAGGACCCCGAGGAUCCAACCUACGUCUUUGGGUUCUUACGCUUCGAUCUGGUCUAUCCCAGUUGCUACAAGGUGGCCUGGCAAUGGCUUCGCGGCCAUACAAAGAAGCAAUGGAUCGAGCAGCUUCUUACGGUAUAUAGCAGAAGAACCGAUGUCGAGUGUCAAGGCCACGAGGAUAUCGAUGGCGAUAUGAAGGAUCUGCGCUUCAGAACCACCUUAUCGCUCCUGGACUGGUUCGUCUUGCUCUUCCUCACCCUGCUACUCGUCGGUAUCCCCUUCCUGUUUGCAUUCAUGCUGGCAUUCUUCACGCCCCAGAUCGGGCUGUCCUGCCGCUCCCUGACGUUCUUGGUCUACUUUGGUCUGCAGCUCGCGCAGAUUGGUCUAUGGCUAUGGGCUUACAUCGGCGCCCCGGGCGACGCCACCAACCCCAAACGCCGCAUCAGAGCAUUGGACAUGUUUAGAAAGGGAGGGUGGCUCGAUGAUCGAAAAUUCUACGACCCUUCAACGGCUCCGUGGCACGAAGACACGCACUCGCCCAGCACCAAGCUGGCGGACUUCCUAGCCCACGCCAGCAAACCGGGAUCCUGGACCUUGCACACUUUUUGGUUCUCACUGUACUACUCGUUGCAAAUCAUCUUUGGAUUGGGCGCCGUUUUUGUCAGCCUCGGCGGUACUUUGAUGCAAAUCAUGGGCGUGUACCGCACCAACAUGUGCUUCAUCAACGUGCAUUACUGGUUGGAGCCGAAGGAGAAACGUCCCCCGGUUGUGUUAUCGGUGAACAGCCGGGAAAUGAUUAAUUCCGCCACAAAAUACUGGAAGCCAGUCGCCAUUGCCGCGAUAGCGUUCAUGGCGGUCGUGAGCUUCGUAGGCUGGUGGUACCAGCGACGUAUGCGCGACGUGUUUGGGCAAUUGGUGAAGAAGAUUGACAAGGUUGAGUUCGAACGCGAGUGGCCAUUCCGCCCCCGACCAGCUCUGGGAACCAUGACCAACGGUGCCAUCGACGGACAGCAAAACUAG